AUGGCUGUCCCCAGGUUCAAGCUCAAAGUUGCGGCCGCCCACUUGGCUCCUGUCUACAUGGACAAGGAAGCAACCACCAAGAAAGUCACAGAUGCUAUACGGGUUGCUGGGGCAGAUGGCAUUGAGUUGCUGGCCUUCCCAGAGACCUUCAUCCCCGGAUACCCGGUACGAUACUUCACCGAGGCUUACCCUCCCCUAUCCCAAGCCUCGGCACUCGCCCAGUACGCAGAGCAAAGCGUCGUCUGUGACGACUCCGACUCAUCCAUCCGCGCCAUCAAGGACGCAUGCCGCGAGGCAGGCGUCACGGUGAGCCUGGGCGUGUCGGAGCGCAUGGGCGGCGGGUACACGCUCUUCAACUCGCAGGUGCACAUCGACUCCUCGGGCAGAAUCCUCGGCGUCCACCGCAAGCUGCAGCCGACGUACGCGGAGCGGUAUGUCUGGGCGCAGGGCGACGGGUCCACGCUGGGUGUCUGGGCGGCUGACGCUGGCGGCGGCCGGGGGAGUUACAACCUGGGAGGCCUGUGCUGCUGGGAGAACACACUGAACGGUGCGAGGCAGGCCCUCAUCCAGCAGAACCAACAUAUACACGUUGGGGCGUGGCCCUCAUUGUCGACGAUGAAAGGCUUUGAGGACGUGGCCGAUGCCCAGAUCGAGGCGCUGAUGAAGGCGCACGCGUUGACCGCGCAGGUGUUUGUGUUGACGGCUUCGAAUCCCGUAGACGACACCUGCCUGGAAUGGAUGGAGAAGAAUCUCGGCAAGCAGGACUUGGUCAAGAAGGGGGGCGGUUGGACGGCUGUGAUCCAUCCAUUCUGCUCGUACUUGGCCGGCCCGCAUACUGGCGAGGCAGAACGCAUAGUCAUCGCUGAGCUGGACCUCAAUGAUCUUGGGCAGGUGAAAGUCUGGAUUGAUGGGAAUGGCCAUUACAAGCGACCAGAGGUGCUGGAAAUGAAAGUGAACAGGAAGCAAUUGUGGCCGUUGCCUGAGAAUACUGAGAAUAUGGGCACAGCGGAAGCGAGAACCACUACACAAUCGCCUUCAACCAUUCAGGCUCGGGAUUGA